UGUAAUUUUACUGUUAAGUGUGUAAUUUAUUAUACACACACAAAAAAAGUGUUGUGUCAUUUUGUUCUGUAAAUAUUUUUUGGAAAAAUGUCCUUUGAAUAUGCCUUAUUGAUCGAAACUGUUUAUUCCAGCUUCCGCAUCGAUAACACAGACCACAUCAUAGACGUGAAUAAGAACAACCUCCCUUUCGAAUACGACCAGGUCAACAUCAUCUGCCCCGUCUACCCUCAUUCCAACCAAGGCACCAAGUCGGAAGGCGAGGAGGACGAAGAAUCCGAACGCUACAUCAUCUACAAUGUGUCCAAAGAAGAAUACGACUCCUGCAGGAUCACCAACCCUAAUCCUCGGAUCAUAGCGGUCUGUGAUAAGCCCAACCAACUGAUGUAUUUCACCAUCACAUUCAGAUCCUUCACGCCGCAGCCUGGAGGACUGGAAUUUCUACCUGGCCAUGAUUACUACUUUGUCUCCACAUCGACGGGAGAUCUGGCUGGACUUCAUCAGCGUGUAGGAGGAAGAUGCGCAACUCACAAUAUGAAAGUGAUCUUCAAAGUGUGCUGUAGCCCUUCAAAAGGCACUUCAUCGAGUCAUCAGACGUCGACAGUCAAUGUGUCGGUGCCCGCCUCUGCGGCCCCUAACAACUUGCACAAAAAUACAUCUGCCCGACCCGCAGAAAAUAAGUCUUUCGAUAGGAGUCAUCUUCAGCCGGCGAGCGUUCCCCCUUCAACCUUGACCACUGCUCCAAGGUGGGUGCUGCCUGUGCCUACUUCUCGCAUGCCUCCACAUUAUCCGAGGCCCUACGAAGUGCCCAUCGAAGAUGAGAUGGACAAAUCGCCACCUAGUGAUAAAAUAAAAG